UAUGGGAACCCUCCAAUUCAUUAUUGUAAACCACUCCACUGUCUUGAUCAGCGUCAGUGUCAGUGCAGUCCCAUCACAGUGGAAUUCCAGUGCAGUACAUCAUGGUCAGAAUCAGCAACAUGUUGGGAAUUGUCUCUUUAUGCUUUUUGCUGGGGUCAGAGUUCUGCAUAGCAGCAAAGCAAGAACUGAUAGUUACCACCAUAAAGCAAGACCCCUACACAAUGAGCAAGGGCUCGCAGUUAGAAGGCUACUGUAUGGAUCUGUUCACUGAGCUGGCUAAGAAACUGGGUUUGAAAUACAAAGUUCACCUGGUGAAGGAUGGAUCGUAUGGCCGGCAGGACGAAAGUGGAAACUGGAACGGAAUGAUUGGGGAGGUUGUUAGAGGGGAAGCUGAUCUCGCCGUGGCUCCCCUCACUCUCACUGCUGCCCGUGAGAAGGCUGUGGGAAUGACAAAACCUUACAUGCAGACCGGAAUCAGUAUCCUCCUCCGCAAAGAUAUCGUUUCUGAGGAGGCCGGCUUUUUUGCCUUCCUCUCCCCCUUCUCUGGGGAGACCUGGUUCGGCAUCCUGAUUGCAUACUUUGUGACUGCAGUCUGCAUCUGCAUUGUGGGAAGGUUGAGUCCAUGUGAAUGGAGUGAGCCUGAGACAGAGCCGAAUCGCUUCACACUUCUCCACAGUUUAUGGUAUGCUGUAGGAGCCCUAACCCUGCAAGGUGCAGGCCCUCACCCUAAAGCCGUGUCAGGAAGGGUAAUCAGUUGUACCUGGUGGUUGUUUGCCGUCGUACUCCUGGCCUGUUAUUUUUCCAGUCUUAAUUCCUCUCAGGCGUCUGACUCUGCCCCGCUCAUGAUUAAAGGGUUUGAGGACUUGGCUAAUCAGGAAGUAAUAGAAUAUGGAACGCUUGCCGGCUCCUCCACCCUCGCCUUCUUUAAGAACUCCAAUAACCCAUCUUACCGUCGCAUCUAUGAGCACAUGGAGCGGAGGAAGAGUUUCGUGACCUCUAUGGAUGAGGGUGUCCAGAGAGCAAAGGAAGGAAAUUACGCUUUCAUUGGAGAAUCGGUGUCCCUGGACUUGGCUGUGGCACGGCAUUGUGAACUGGUCCGUGCACAUGAGGUCAUCGGGAUGAGAGGUUACAGCAUUGUAACUCCUCUUGGCUCUCCUUUGCUGAAGAACCUGAGCGUGACCAUCCUGCAGCUGAGCGAGGCUGGGGAGCUGGAGUACCUGCGCACUAAGUGGUGGGCCAGCAGCUGUAUACCGGAUAGUGCCAAAGCCUCGUCUCUGAGGGCUCAUAGCAUGAAGGGCAUCUUCCUGGUUCUGGCUAUAGGUCUUGGGAUUGGAGUGCUGCUCUCCUUGUUUGAACUCACCUCAAAGUCUCGCAGCACUGCAGGGGAGCAGAAGAAAUCCUGCUGCACAGUUUUGACUCAGGAGCUGAGCCAGCGUUUGAGAAUGACCAACACAAAGGGAGACCAGGAAACCUCAGACAAGAACAAGGCAUAAAAGGUUAAACAACAGUGAUGUAAUAUGUAAGUCUUACAUAGCAGAAUGACUUAACUGUUCAUACUGUAGGUCUGUACAUUAUCUGAUGUUGGGACUAUUUCUCAAUAUAUUCGAUACAUUUUAACAGAUACAUAAUUAUAUUAAUACAUCAUUUUCUAAAACGUUUGUUUGUUCAGUGAAGAUGGUGCAGUGAGGCACCUUCUUUUCACCUGAAUAUUGCAGCAAAAUCUCAUGUAGCUCUUUGUAUUUUACAUAAUUAUCAUGCAUUCCAACUUGAAACCAUAAUUUAGACCAUAAUUAUGAGUCUAAAAUGUUAAUGUAAAAUCUAUUUUGCUAAUGAAUGACAAGGAUUGGAGACAUCUGAAAAUGUCUAUAAAAAAGUAAAAUAUUUUAUAGAAGUAAAAAUGGCAAGUAACAUAUUACAGUAGUUUUGUAAUUCGAACAUGGGGAAAAUACAUAAAAUUGCAUACAAAAAAACACCUCUUACUGUCACAAAAGAGGUAUUCAUUCUGGCACCAUGUAUAUUAAUGAAUUAAUAAACUUGGACUUACACUAAA